AUGGCAGCAAGCGCGCCACGGUUUACUAAACCGCCAGCUAUUCGACAAUCACCCGAUGAUCCCACACGUCUCUAUUUCGAAUGUCAAGUUCAAGGAACGCCGAAGCCUGAUGUAACCUGGUUUCAAAACGAAAAUUUAAUUUCAGCAACAUCAACAAAGUAUAAACAAACACUUACAGCUUCAACAGGAAAUAAUUAUGAUGUUGUACUUGAAAUUUCUGAUCUUGGCGCAAACGAUGCUGGAACAUAUAAAAUUUUGGUUAAAAAUAAAGCCGGAGAAGUCACAGCAAAUGUAAAUCUUAAUUUUUCGAACGAAGACGAAUCUUCGACAACAAGCGGAAACAGUUCGGCAGAUGGUACAGCACCAACAUUUAUUCAAAGGCCCAUCAUUAAACAAGAAAAUGAUGGUAAACGUUUAAUAUUUGAAUGCAAAAUCGCUGCCGAUCCUAAACCAGAUUUAUUUUGGUCACGUGACGAUGUUCCAAUACAAGAUUCAGGCCGCUAUCUAUUAUAUUGCGAUCCAUUACCAAACAAUUCAUAUGUAGCUUGCCUUGAAAUCGAUGAUGUCAAUGCAACCGAUGCUGGAAAAUAUAAAAUUUCAGCGAAAAAUAAAUUAGGCGAAAGCAAUGCGCAUAUUCAAUUAAAUCUUGAUAAUCAAAAUCAAGGUGCAGGUGGUAGUGGUGGUGGUGGUGGUGGUCGACCCUCAUUUACACAAGCGCCGACAGUACGAAUGUUUGAAGAAUCCAUACUUUUGGAAGGCGUGUGCACAGCUGAUCCAGUACCGAGUUUUACAUGGACACUUGAUGGAAAAGCAAUUAAUGCCGGAACUAAAUAUAGACAAGGAAUCUUAUCCGAAGGCACUAUACAUCGAAUCUUUCUUGAAAUAGCUCAAAUAACUAAGAAAGAUUCUGGUGUCUAUAAACUUACGGCUAAAAAUGUUAAAGGUGAUGGUUCAGCUACUAUUCAAUUGAAUAUUGAAGGAAUCGAUUACAAAAUGCCAGAUGGCCUUGCACCAUCAUUUCUUAGUAAGCCAUCAAUUAAACAAGAUGCUAAAACAGUGACGGUCCAAUUCGACAUUAGCGCUGAUCCGACUCCAUCAUUAUAUUGGUCGAAAGAUGGAAAAGAUUUACUUAAUGUUGAUAAAAUUAUUUCACGAAUUGUUCAAGCAGGGCCAAAUAAAUAUACUGUUUCUCUAGAUAUUAAGAAUUUAGUUGCAUCGGAUGCUGGCGCUUAUAAAUGUACUUUAUCCAAUGAACUUGGUACAGCUGUAGCCAUUAUUUCUAUGAAAGUAGCUGCCGAGAAAGCCAGUCUAGAUCAAGUAGAUCGAAUAGCACCAGCAUUUGAAAAACCAAAAAUAACACAAGAUGCAAAACAAAAAUCAAUUAAAAUCGAAUGCCGUUGUAAAGGAAAACCAGAACCAAAAUUUACAUGGAAAAAAGGGAAAACUGAACUCAAAGACACACCUAAUAAAUAUAAAAUUACUAAAACAAAAGAAGCUAAUGAUACAUACGUAUUCGUUCUUGAAAUCUUAAAUGUUACUCCAACUGACUCUGGUAUUUAUAAAAUCGUAGCUAAAAACGAUGGUGGUGAUUCUCAAGCAUUAGUUAAUUUAACUGUCGGUGAUGAUUAUGAACAGCCGAAAGAUGAAGAAGAGCAGAAACCUAAAGCAAAAGCAGCCGAUGGCAAUAAGAUGAGCGCACCCGUAUUUACUGACAAACCAAAGGAUAUUGUUGCUACUGACGGUGAUAAAGUACUUGUUCAAUUAAAAGUAGCUGGUACGCCGACACCUGAAAUUACAUGGUUUUUCAAUAAAAAAGAAAUUAAACCAUCAGCUGACUACGUGCAAGACUAUGAUGGUGUAACAGCUAAAUUGACAAUACCUGACGGUUACGUUGAUGAUAGUGGUGAUUGGAUGUGUGAAGCAUGGAAUGAAGCCGGUGAAGCAACUCAAAAUGUUCGUGUAUCUAUUAAAGAAAAACGUGGUAAAGCAAAACGUGUUAGAAAGCCAGCACCAAAAACCGCACCUAAACCCGAAGAAGAAUCAAGUAAAAAAGAUCAACGAAAACAAGCACUUGAACAAUCAAAGAAAGUUCCGGAAGCUGCACCCGUCAUUGAAGCUCCACCUGUGAUUGAAGCGCCAACAAUCGCAGCGCCAACAAUCGAAACACCAACAAUUGGUAAUACUGAAGAUGAAGAUCGUCGUGUGCCGGCGAUUCAAACUAACGAAUCUGGAUACGAAGAUGAAGGCCCUCGUCGUGCAAAAGAAAACGAUAAACCUAAACGUGUAUCACAAGCUAAACUCGAUGUUAUAUCAGAAAAUUUAUCAAGUAAAGCAAAACCACGCGAACGUAAAAUACGUGAUCCACUUGAAACACAUACAGAACCGCUUGCACCUAUUUUUAUCGAAAAACCAGAAAAUACUAGUGCGAAAGAAGGAAGUUCAACAUUUGUGGAAGUUGUUAUUGAUGGAAAUCCAUUUCCUAAAGUAACUUGGUAUAAAGAAAAUGUUGAACUAGUUCAAGGUGUUAAGUUUAAAUUCGAACUUAAUCCAACAACAGGUAUUGCUACACUAUUUAUUGCAAAAUGUCGUCAAAAAGAUGAAGCACCCUACGGUGUUACAAUACAGAAUGAACAUGGUGAAGUUCAUGCUGAAUUUCAUUUUUAUAUCAAAGCUCCACAAAUUCGUACUGAUCAACCCGAAGAGACGGGUGGUGAUGAAAAUGAACUUGGUUCACGUCGUUCGAGUGUGAUGGACGAUCGACGACCAUCACUUCGUCGUGUUGAUCAAGAAGGUCUACUUAAAGUUAGACGAGAUUCCAAAUCACGUCGACCAUCGUUAGCUGAUGUUAUACCUGAUUGGCCAGCUUUACAUAAAGUUAAACGCGCAGAGAAGGAAAAAGAAGCAUUUAUUGAACCAUUACACGAUAUUAAAUGUAUAGAAGAAGAUGGAGAAAUUACAUUUACAUGUACAUUUUGCAAACCAAGUACACGUUUACGAUGGCUUAAAAAUAAAAUGGAAAUUUUUCAUGGUUUAAAAUAUCAUUUUGAUACAAACGGUGCUAAACAAACAUUAACUAUUUAUAAAUUACAUCCCGAUGAUUCAGGAAAAUAUUUCUGUCGUGUUAAUGAUGUUGAAACAUCCGCCUGGCUUGAAGUAACACCUGCUAAACCAUUAUAUGACUUUUAUAAAGAAUUACCAGCUAAAAUGGAAGUAUUUCGAACGAAACAAACUGCACUCGAAUGUCACGUUAAUGAUCCUAAUGCACCCGUUAAAUGGUGUAAAAAUGGAAUUCCUAUCGAUCUUGAAAAAGAUAAACGUAUUAAAUAUAAUCAAGAUAUGACGCGAUGUAUUUUUCGUAUAACCAAAACCACUAAAGCCGAUGAAGGUGAAUAUUCAUGUCAAAUCGAUGAUGAACGAGGUAUUAAAACGUCCUGCUAUCUCUACGUUGAAGAGCCUCAGUGGCGCUUUGAAACAAAAUUACCUCCAGCAAUGGAAGGUGAUGAAAAUGAUAAAAUUGAACUUGAAUGUAGUGUGCAAGAUGAAGAUGCUGAAUGCGAAUGGUUCUUUGCUGGUGAAAAAAUUGUACCGGCAUCAAACCCUGAUAAAUAUGAAAUUAUUUCAUAUGGCAAAGUUCGUAAAUUAGUCGUUAAAAAAUUACAUCCAGUUGAUGACAAAGGAAAAUAUGAAUGUAAAACAGGUGUUAUGGCAACACUUUGUGAAGUAUCUAUUAGACCGGCACUUCGCAUUGAAAAGGGAUUGAAAGAUGUCGAUACAGUUGAAGAAGAAGAUAUUACAUUUGAAGUUGUCUUAUCUAAACCUGAUUUACGAGGAAAAUGGAUGAAAGAUGGAAAAAUUGUUUAUCCAGAUCAAAGAAAUAUUAUUACGAAUGAAGGUACUACUUGGCGAUGGAAACUAAAAAGUGUUGGCCUCAAAGAUACUGGCGAUAUUUCAUUUCAAUGUGGUGAUGUUAAAGAUAGUUGCAAGAUUGUUGUUAAAGAAUGCGACAAACCACCACGAAUUGAUCUAUCUCGUGUUCCGAAAUCUGUCACCAUUAAAGCAGGUCGACCACUUGAUCUUGACAUUGCUUAUGAUGCUUUUCCAGCACCCGCUAUGUCGUGGUCAAAAGAUGGAAAAAUUGUUCAAUCCGGCGAAGGUCCUCCAUAUCAAAUAACAAUGGAUCCUAAGAAAUGCAAAUUAAAUAUUGAAAAGACAAAACGAGGUGAUUCAGGCAAAUAUGAAUUAACCUUGAGAAAUGCAAAAGGCGAAAUCAAAGUUCCAAUCGAUGUUACUAUCGUUGAUCGUCCUGCUAAGCCCGAAGGCCCAAUGAAAGUCUCUGAUGUAACCAAAGAAACUUGUGUUGUAUCUUGGAGACCUCCAUUGGACAAUGGUGGAUGCCCAAUAGAGAGAUAUGUAAUUGAAAAACAAGAUGUCGGUCGUGGUGGUUGGGCACCAGCUGGCGAAGUUAAUGGUGAAACUACAACAUUACGUGUAACUAAAUUAGUGGCAGGAAAAGAAUAUCUAUUCCGUGUACGUGCCGUUAAUAAAGAAGGUGAAAGCGAACCAUUGGACACUUCUGCUGCAACAUUAGCAAGAAAUCCAUUUGAUGAACCAACAGUUCCUGGUACACCGAACAUUUUGGAUUGGGAUCAAAAUCAUGUUGAUCUCGAAUGGCAAGCGCCGGAAAGAGAUGGUGGUGCAGCCAUUGAAAAAUACGUUAUUGAACGUCGUGAGAAAGGACGUGAUCAAUGGCUAAAGGGUGCUGAAGUUGACGGUGUUCAAACAAAAGGUGCUUGUGGUGGCUUAAACGAAGGAAAAGAAUAUGAAUUUCGUGUUGUUGCUGUCAACAAAGCUGGUCCAUCUGAACCUAGUGAACCAUCAAAAAUACUCAUUGCUAAACCACGUUUCUUGAAACCACGUAUCAAUAAAGUUAAUCUUAAAUCAAUAACUAUUAAACAAGGUCAAACAAUAACAUUAGAAGCUCCAUAUGCAGCCGAGCCAUUGCCCACAAUGACUUGGCAACGUGAUACUACUGAACUUCAACCAGAUGAUCGUACACAAAUGACACAAAUUGAAAAAUUAGCUAAACUUGUUAUUACAAAAGCUGUUCGAGCCGAUACUGGCAAAUACUUGAUUCGUUUGGUGAACGAUUCAGGAAGUGAUACAGCUGAUUGUGAAGUUAUUGUACUCGGUCCACCAUCGAAACCACGCGGUCCAUUAGAAGUUAAAGGUGUUACUAAAUCAAGUGUAACACUCUCUUGGUUACCACCUAAAGAUAAUGGUGGCAAAGAAAUUACAAGUUAUGUUGUUGAAAAACGUGAUAAAAAGAGUGGUGACUGGGUGCGUUGCAAUGAUCCUAUUAACGGUACAGAAAUAACCGUAUCAAAACUAAAAGAAGGACACGAAUACGAAUUUCGUGUUAUGGCUGAAAAUGCUAAUGGUGUUUCUGAGCCAUUGCUAAUAGACAAACCUAUUCUCGUUAAAAAUCCAUUUACUGAACCCGGUCAACCAGGUACACCUACAUGUGUAUCACGUGAUCGUGAUCAUAUUGAACUUAAAUGGACACCACCAAGAAAUGACGGUGGUAAUCCAGUUAAAGGUUAUAUUGUUGAACGUCGAGAAAAAGGUGGCAAACGAAAAGAAUGGUCAAAGAUCAAUCGUGGUGAUCUUCAUAAAGAUACGAACUUUCUCGAUGACAAUGUUACAGCCAAUAAAGAAUAUGAAUAUCGUAUAUCAGCUGUUAAUGAAGCUGGUCCAGGUGAACCAAGUGAAUCAUCUGGUAGCAUUGCUGCUAAACCUGAAAAAGAAAAACCAUCGUUCGAUUUAAGUUCAUUAUUUGGCCCACUUGGUAAAAAAGAAAUACGUAUCAAAGCUGGUGAACCAUUGACUAUUGAUAUACCAAUAAGUGGAUCACCUGCACCGGUAGUUACUUGGACAAAAGAUGGCGAACCAGUUCAAGUUGCUCGAGAUACACAACUUGAUAAUAAUGAUGUCCAGACUAAAUUACAUAAACCAUCAUCGAAACGACUCGAUACUGGAAAAUAUAAAGUUCAUUUGAAGAACGAUUCUGGUGAAGAUGAAUGUGAUAUUGAUGUUAUUGUAUUGGAUCGACCUGGAGCACCUGAAGGCCCAUUGGAAACAACUGAAACAACUAAAGAUAGUGUUUCACUUCAAUGGAAACCACCUAAAGAUAAUGGUGGUGGUGAUAUUACAGGUUAUAUUAUUGAAAAAUGUCCUGAAAAUUCUGACAAAUGGGAAAAAGUUCCUGGUACAUUUACACAACCAAAAGGAACAAUUAAAGAUUUAGAAACAAAUAAAAAGUUUAAAUUUCGUGUGAAAGCUGAAAAUAUCUAUGGCGUUGGUGAACCAUUAGAAACAACAUCAGUUAUCACUGUUAAACCACCCUAUGAUGCUCCGGAUGCACCUGAAACACCAGAAAUCAUUGAAUAUAAUUCAACUUAUAUGAAACUUAAAUGGGAAAAACCAAAACGAGAUGGUGGAAAUCCAAUUAGUGGCUAUAUAGUUGAAAUGCGUCCUAAGGGAAACACGAAUUGGGUACCAUGCAAUAGUGUACCAACAAAAGGUACCGAAUAUACUGCAUCAGGUUUACGUGAAGGUCAAAUAUAUGAAUUUCGUGUCGCUGCUGUAAAUGGUGCCGGACCAGGAGCGCCAUCCAAACCAACAGCAGCACAAAAAGCUGAAGUACCUAUUAAUCCAGCCGAUGCACCAGAUCAACCAAAAGUUGAAAACAUUACCAAAGAUUCAGUCACACUCUCAUGGAAGAAACCAAUUAAUGAUGGUGGAAGCCGAAUAACUAGCUAUGUUCUUGAAAAACGAUCACCUAAUAGUCGCGACUGGACGGAAGUCGUCGAAUUGCCAGCUCGUGAUCAUUCAUACACAGUACCAAAUUUAAAAGAAGGUGAAGAAGUUCUAUUUCGUAUUGUUGCUGUCAAUGCUGCUGGUCGUAGUGAACCAAGUCGACCAACAGAAGCAAUUAUUGUUCAAGAUCAACCAGAUAAGCCAUCGUUUCUUGAUUUACAUGGCAUUAAAGACAUAACUGUUAAUGCAGGCAAAGAUUUUGAAGUACAUAUACCUUAUAAAGCUACACCAAAAGCACAAUCACAGUGGUUUUUGAACGAUCAAGAAUUAGUUAAUGAUGAUCGUGUUAAUAUUAAAACGCUUGAAAAUGUUGCUACAUUACUUAAUCGUAAAGCCGAACGAGCUGAUUCGGGUAUCUAUAAAUUAGUAUUGAAAAAUACUGAAGGCACAAGUCAAGUUCAAUUUCGUGUCAAUGUCCUUUCUGCACCAUCGAAGCCAGAAGGUCCACUUGAAGCAACCAAUGUUACUGCUGAAGGAUGCACAUUGAAUUGGAAACCACCAAAAGAUGAUGGCGGCAGUGAUGUCAAACAUUAUGUAGUUGAGCGUCGUGAAGCAGGAACAGACAAAUGGAUCAAAGUUGGUCCAGCUGUCGCAGGCACAUCAUAUGAUGUUAAAGGAUUAGAUGAAGGAAAAAAUUAUGAAUUUCGUGUAUCUGCUGCAAAUGAAAAUGGUGUUUCAGAACCAUUAGUGGUCGCUGCACCAGUUAAAGCUAAAUGGCCAUUUAAAACACCCGAUGCACCAGGCACGCCUGUUUGUGUUAGUCAUACAAGCGAUUCAAUCACAUUACAAUGGACACGACCACAAAUUGAUGGUGGAAAUCCAAUACGUGGCUAUGUUAUUGAGAAGAGAGAAAAAGGAACUGAUCGAUGGAUUCCUGUUAAUCGUGAACCAGUAUCAGGCGUUGAACAUACAGUUCCUGGUCUUGUCGAUGGAAAAGAAUAUGAAUUUCGUGUUGCUGCUGUUAAUAGAGCUGGUCCAGGAGAGUUCGCUAAAACUGAUGGAUUCAUCCAAGCUCGUCCACCUGAUGUAGCACCACAUGCUGUUGGUUUCAGUACAUUUACUCCAAAAGAAAUUAUUGUACGUGCUGGUGAAGAUCUUAAAAUUUCGGUGCCAUUUAUUGGUUCACCAGAACCACAAGUUACAUUUGCAAAAGAUGGCGACGAUAUUAAGCCCGAUGACAAUAGCCGUGUAACCGUUAAAGAUGGUGUUGCUGAAUUAAUUGUGCCUAAAGUAAAAAGUGGUAGUACUGGUCUUUAUACAUGUACAUUGAAAAAUGCUCUUGGACAAGAAACUGUACCAUUCAAAGUUAUCGUUGUUGAUAAGCCAGAUGUGCCAGAAGGACCCUUAUCGGUAAGUGAUGUACGACCCGAUUCAUGCGUUUUAACAUGGAAACCACCGAAAAAUGAUGGUGGCUCACCAAUAAGCAAUUAUGUCAUCGAGAAAUUCGAUACAAAGAAAGGUGAAUGGCAAAAAGUAUCAAGUUUCUGUCGUGUACCAUUUUAUGAAGUCACUGGAUUAAAUGAAGGCUCGGAAUAUAAAUUCCGUGUUUCAGCUGAAAAUAUUUACGGACAAAGUGUACCAUUAGAAUGUGAAAAAUCAAUUAUUGCCAAAAAUCCAUUCAGUGCACCACAAGGUCCAGCGAAUCUUGACAUUGGUAGUCAAACAGAAAGUUCUGUUACAUUAAAAUGGGACAAACCCAAAAAUGAUGGUGGUUCAAAGGUAACUGCUUAUCAAAUUGAAAUUAAAAAACCAGAUAGUGAUAUAUGGGAAAUUGCCAAUGAUUAUCCAAUCAAAGGAAACGAAUUUACCGUUGAUAAUCUUCAAACAGGUAAACAAUAUCAAUUCCGUGUUAAAGCUAAAAAUGGUGCCGGUUGGGGGGAUUAUUCUCAACUUGAUAGUUCAAUUACACUUAAGCCUGAUUGUGUUCCACCUUCAUCACCAGGUAUGCCUGAAGUGAAAAAAGUCAGCAAAAACUAUGUUGAAUUAGCUUGGACGUCACCAACCAAUGAUGGCGGUUCAAAAAUACUUGGUUAUAUUGUUGAAAAGAAACCAAUUGGAACCGAUCAAUGGACAAAAGCUACACCAUAUUUAGCACUUGAUGAUAAUAUUUUGAUCAAUGAUUUGCCAGAAAAUGGUGAAUUCGAAUUUCGCGUUAAAGCAGUUAACAAAGCAGGUGAAAGUGAACCAAGUUCAACAACUGGCCGAGUGAAAAUAACUGAAUAUCCAAAUGGACGUGCACCAACAUUUGUUAAAAAAAUCACUGAUACAGGUUCACCAUUGAAUGGUGAAGUAACAUUUACAGUUGAAUUCGAUGGUAGUCCUGCACCGGAAGCUAAAUGGUUCCGUAAUGGUUUAGAGCUCGCAUCAGGUGGCCGCUAUCGUAUUGUGGCAAAACCAAAUGAAUUGAAAUCAUCAUUUACAUUUAAUGAAGUUUGGGAUAGUGAUAAUAAUUCGAAAAUUUCAUGCGAAGUUGUUAAUCCACUAGGAAAAGAAAGCUGCGAAGCUAAUUUAACUAUCAAAAUACCACCAAAACUUCCUCGUGAACCAGACGAUCAACGUAUUCCAUUGGGCGAGACGUUAAAAGUUAAAAUUCCUAUUCUAGGAAAAGGUCCAUUUACAUUCAAAAUCAAGAAAAAUGAUGAACCAUUAGCUGAUAGUGAUCGAAUACGUGUUCAAGAAUAUGAUGAUUUCAUUGUUGUGACUAUUCCUGAAACCGAACGAGAUGACACUGGCAAAUAUGUAAUUAACGUUGCUAAUGAAUCCGGUUCAUGUAACGUACCAUUAAAAGUCAGAGUUUCUGCACCACCACUACCGCCGACGGGUCCACUCGAAAUAUCGAAUAUAUCAAAAGAUCAUGCAACACUUUCAUGGAAACCACCUAAAGAUGAUGGUGGUAGUCGAGUAACCGGCUAUAUUGUUGAACGACGUGAUACAUCGAAAGGUGCUGAUGCUUGGAUACCUGUUACACAAUCUUGUAGAGAAACAACGUUCACAGUGCCAUCAUUACUCGAUGGACAUGAAUAUGAAUUUCGUGUUUUGGCUAUUAAUGAAAAUGGUACUAGUGAACCAUUACGUUCAUCAGCACCUGUCGUUGCUAAACUCCCAUUUAAACAACCGGGUGCACCAGGACAGCCACAAUCCACUGAAAUAACAAAUAACAGUGUAGCACUUACUUGGGAUAAACCAACUUCGGAUGGAGGUGGCCCAAUUACUGGUUAUUAUAUUGAAAAACGUGAAGAAAAUACUGAUAAAUGGGUUCCAGUUAAUAUGUCGCCAUGUCAACAAACACAUUUUACAGUUCCAUCAUUACUUGAAGAUCAUGUUUAUGAAUUCCGUGUUAUUGCUGAAAAUGAAGCAGGACGUGGAACACCAUCGGAAUCAUCAAAAUCAACAAAAGUGAAAGAUCCAAAUGCAUCAGUUCCUCCGGAAUUUCUUAAAAAAUUAAAAGAUACCGAAGGCAAUGAAGGAAAAACAAUACGUUUAGAAGCUGAAGUUAUUGGCACACCAAAACCAGAUGUUGAAUGGUACAAAGGUACUAAAGAACUAACUGAAAGUCCAAAAUAUAGUAUGAAACGUGAAGGUGAUGUAUGCAUAUUAAUUAUUAAUAAUGCUGCACCCGACGAUGUUGAUGAAUUCAGUGUCAAAGCUCGAAACAAGGGUGGCUCAAGAAUGUGCCGCUGUAAUGUCAAUGUUCGAUCACCACCACGAUUUCGCUUACCAGCGAAAUAUCAAGAUGUACUUAACUAUGACAAAGGCGAACCAAUUGUUAUUAAAAUACCUUAUACUGGAAGUCCAUUACCAAAUGUAACAUUAACAAAAGAUGGUGUUGAUUUAUCGAAAGAUAAAAAUGUAUCCAUUGAUGUUAGUGAUCGCGCUAUUACAAUAACUAUUCGAAAUUCCGAUAAAAAUACAAGUGGACCCUAUAACAUAAAACUAAAUAAUAAUUUAGGUGAAGAUGAAGCUACUUUACGCAUUCAUGUGUCAGAUGUGCCGGGUGUUCCACGUCAUGUACAAGCUGAUUCAGUUUCGGACGAAUCUGUUGCAUUAUCAUGGCAUGCACCAGACGAUGAUGGUGGUAGUUAUAUAACUAAUUAUAUUAUCGAAAAACUUGAUCCCGAUACUGGCAAAUGGGUAAAAGCAGCAACAAGCCGAUCACCUCGUUGUACUGUUGAAAAUUUAAUACCCAAUAAACAAUAUCAAUUUCGUGUUCUUGCUGAGAACGUUUUUGGAUACGGUGAACCAUCCGAGCCAACAAAAACAGUUCAAACUUCUGACUCCGAUGAAAAUCGUAGACGACGUUUAGGCAAAGAUGAUGAUUCGCGACGAAGAAAUAAAGAUUUACCAAAAUUAGACAAUUAUGAUCGAUGUUUCUGGGACAUUUGGGAUAAAGGCCGUCAACCACAACGCGCAACACUUAAGCAUGGAAGUAUCUAUGAUUACUACGACAUUCUCGAAGAAAUCGGACGCGGUGCUUUUGGUGUUGUUCAUCGUUGUAUUGAACGAGCAACAGGCAAAACGUAUGCCGUUAAAUUUAUUCCAACAUUAAGUCCAGCUGAUAAAGCAACAGUUCGUCGUGAAAUGGAAGUUAUGAUGGACUUAAAUCAUUGUAAAUUACUUCAUUUACAUGAUGCAUUUGAAGACGACGUUGAAAUGGCUAUGGUUACUGAAUUUAUUGCUGGCGGUGAAUUAUUCGACCGAAUUGCCGAUCCAAAUUAUAAAAUGACAGAAGCCGAAGCUAUUAAAUAUAUGCGACAAAUAUGUCAAGGUCUUCAACAUAUGCAUGAAAAUCAUAUUGUUCAUUUAGAUUUGAAACCGGAAAAUAUUAUGUGUGAAACCAAAAAUAGUACAAAUGUUAAAAUUUGCGAUUUUGGUUUAGCAACAAAACUCGAUCCAAACGAUGUUGUUAAAGUGAGUGCAGCUACAGUCGAAUUUGCUGCACCAGAAAUCGUUGAACAUGAUGCAGUGGGAUUUUAUACAGACAUGUGGGCGGCUGGUGUCCUUUCUUAUGUUAUUUUAAGCGGUCUAUCACCAUUCGGUGGUCAAGAUGAUAAUGAAACAAUGGAAAAUAUACGUAAAUGUAAUGUACGUUUUCCGUCGGAAGUAUUUGGCGGUAUUUCUGAUGAAGGAAAAGAUUUUAUUUCAAAACUUUUAUUGAAAAAUCGAAAUGCUCGAAUGACAAUUCAUGAAGCACUUGAUCACCCAUGGUUACGUGAAGAUCGUCCUGAACUUGACUCACGUAUACCAUCAAGCCGAUGGGAUAUUGCUCGUGGUCGUAUCCGACAACGAUAUGCUGGAUAUCCAGAUCCUGUUAUUGGUCUUGGACGUAUGGCUAAUUGGAGUUCACUUCGUAAAAAUAGACCACAAGAAUAUUAUAUUUACAGUAGUUUCUGGGAUCGUCGGGAAGCUGCUCCUCGAUUUAUCAUCCGUCCUCACAAUGCUCAUGUAUUGGAGGGUAACAGCGCUGAAUUCGAUUGUCGCAUUAUUGCUGUUUCACCACCUGUAGUCUCUUGGUUUCGUGAUAAUGUUGAACUUCGUCAAUCAACAAAACACCUUAAGAAAUACGAUCGAAAUAAUUAUAAACUUGAAAUAAAACGUUGUGUACCAGAUGAUAAAGGCGAAUAUGUUGUAAAAGCAUCAAAUAGUUAUGGCGACAAAGAAUAUGCAGUCUUCUUGACAAUAGAAUGUCAUAUGUAG